AUCUAUAUGUAUAUAUCUAUGUAUAUAUACUGUGGUAUACCCUGCUAUCUCACAUACUAGGGAGAGUGAGACAGUGGUUUGACAUCAGUACAGAGAUAUACACCUGCAGGUUCUCGUUCAGCGCAUCAAAUAUACACAGAGAGAAUCCACAGUGCCAACAGCGUCAGCAGACACCCACAGACACCUUCAAUUACAGCAGCAGGGAGAGGCACCGUACACUGCCAGCAGCAUCAGCAAGUGCCAUCCUAGCAGUAACCACCACCAUGGCCACCCACAUCCUUCACAGGAUUCUCAGUCUGCCUAUAAUAAUCCUGCUGAUCCAACUUAGCAUCGCCUCUACACAAGACGUUGUAGACUGUAAGCCAGAUUGUACAGGCAAACAGCCAGGUGACAAGGUCCCAGACCCCACCAACUGCCGUCAGUUCUACUUUUGUGAUGGUAGCAACGAGCCUUCAUCUGUACCCUUCUCCUGUGAGGAUGGUUAUGUAUUUAACGACACUGAAGGCGAAUGUGUUGUAGGUAACACAUGCUCUAACAAGGGUUGUAGUUCUUGUUUCUACAGUUGUGAUGAUGCUGUUGACAUAGCUUCUGUGGCUGACCACUACGACUGUAGCAUCUACUACGAGUGUCCUGGAAACGUUGAGCAACAAUGUGCCUCUGGGAAAUACUUCGAUGGAUCUUCCUGUCAAUCUGACAAGACCAAAUGUUGCAACUGCAAGCCAUAUUGCACAGAAAAUGAUCUGUAUACCCUCGUUAUUGAUCCCAAAGACUGUAAACGUUACUACUACUGUGACGUAGUUGGUAUACCCGAGUACUCACAGCAGUGUGAAGAAGGGAACUUCGAUAUUAUGAACAAGGUGUGUUCGGACACCACCCCUUGUAUCACCUUUUGUCCAGAUGAGUGAUGUGUUGUUCCAAGCUUGAGCUGAACCACAGUCCAGCUCUAUGUAGAGCUUUAGCGUCGGUUCAAGCUCUACACAGGUAGCCUUACGGUCUUCAUUUUAGACUUUAGACAAUCAACAAGUUGGGAAAUGCAAUAUAUGUGUAUCUUUUUGUAAGGAAACAUUUCGCCCAUCAGUGGCUUCCUCAGUCCAAUAUAGAGAAUAGUGUAGACCAGAAGGAGUUUGAGGUAAUGUGUACAGUGGUCUGGUAGGUAACGCUCUCGCCUUGUACACUGAGUGUCCGUGGUUUGAUCCCCGGCACGAGUGCAAAUAUUGGUUGUGUUUUCUUACACCUGCUGUCAGUGUUCAUCUAGCAAGAAGGAACCUGGGUGUUAGGUGACUGGUGUGGGUGGCAUCCUGGGGGACAUGACUGAAGGACCACAAUGGCAAUAAGACAGACACAGUCCUCCAUGACCCACUGAGUUAUCCUGCGUGGCUAGCACUCCCUACCCUGGGUUAUCCUGGCUGGCUAACACUCCCUACCCUGGGUUAUCCUGCGUGGCUAGCACUCCCUACCCUGGGUUAUCCUGCGUGGCUAGAACUCCCUACCCUGGGUUAUCCUGCGUGGCUAGCACUCCCUACCCUGGGUUAUCCUGGCUGGCUAACACUCCCUACCCUGGGUUAUCCUGGCUGGCUAACACUCCCUACCCUGGGUUAUCCUGGCUGGCUAACACUCCCUACCCUGGGUUAUCCUGGCUGGCUAACACUCCCUACCCUGGGUUAUCCUGGCUGGCUAACACUCCCUACCCUGGGUUAUCCUGGCUGGCUAACCCUCCAGAGUUAAAAUUCCCCUCAAAAUCUUAUCUUAACCUGGAAUCGGUGCGUCCAGGUCAUCAGUCUUCAA